GCAGCUACAAGUGUUAUUGUCUUAAUGGCUACAUGUUGAUGCCAGAUGGCUCUUGUUCAAACUCCAGGACUUGUGCAAUGGCAAACUGCCAGUAUGGCUGUGAAGAAGUCAAAGGGGAGGUACGAUGUUCAUGCCCAUCCAGUGGACUGCAGCUGGGACCAGAUGGAAGGAAUUGUAUAGAUAUUGACGAAUGUGCAGCUGGAAAAGUAACUUGUCCUUUUAACAGAAGAUGUGUAAAUACUUUUGGAAGCUAUUUUUGCAAGUGCCAGAAUGGUUAUGAAUUAAAGUAUGUGAAUGGCAGAUAUGACUGUGUAGAUAUAAAUGAGUGUUUGAUGAAGACUCAUAAGUGCAGCCCUCACAGUGAUUGCCUCAAUACCCCAGGCUCCUAUAAAUGCCGAUGUAAACAAGGAUACAAGGGCAGUGGAUACCAGUGUUCAGCUGUUCCAGACAAACCUGUCAAAGAAGGACCUAAAAUAGUUGGAAGUGCAAAAGACACAAUAAAGAAACUGUUGGCACACAAGAACAGCCUCAAGAAAAAUGAAGACAUAAAGAAUCUAAUACCCGAAUUGGUUGUGACACCAUCUCCAAAACCACACUUGCAGCCAUUUGACUAUGUGGAUGGAGUGUACAUAGGAGAACCUAACAAAGCAGAGGAGGAAUAUGAGGAAGAGGAAGAAGACCAGGAUGCCAAUGAAGAUGAAGAAGAGGAUGAUGGAGAUGAUGAUGAUGAUGAUGACGAUGAAAAUACAAUUGGACAAAAGAAAACACUGAGAGGUGAUGUGUUUGCUCUACAGGUUAAAGAGAAGGUGAGAGAAGAACCUGCCUAUAGCCCAGAAGCAGUAAAUAUAAAAGUUCUGCUGCAAAAAUCAGAAGAGGUGUCUAUUGACUGCAGCUUUGAUCAUAAAGCUUGUGACUGGAAACAGGAAACUGAAGAUGACUUUGACUGGAAGCAAGCAGAACGCAGCCAGGGUGGUGGAUUUUAUAUGUCAGUUCCAGCAAAUGUUGGUCUCAGGAGAGAGUUUGGACGGCUCAGCUUUCCACUACCAAACAUAAAGACAGAUACCAAUUUAUGUUUGGCAUUCACCUACCAAUUAAGUGGAGAAAAAUUUGGAAAACUGCGUGUGUUUGUGAAUGAGAGCAACAAUCCAGCAUGGGAAGAACACAAAAGUAGAGAUGAAAGAUGGAGGACAGCAAAAAUUGAAAUACCCAAGACCCACAACAGAACUACUCAAACUAUUACAUUUGAAGCUGAACGUGGGAAAGGCAAAGCUGGAAGGAUAGCCCUGGACAAUGUCUUCCUUGUCACUAGUCCAUGCCCUGAAGACUGA